CGGAAGUACCACCUUUGUGCGUCACAGCUCAUCUGUUGGUGUUGGCCCCCCAGACUGAUCCGGACUCAACAGACUCUGGUUCCGAAGAAUCAGAACCGGUGAACGGUUGACGGUGAUCGAUGUUCGGUGAUCGGUUAACUGUCGGUGACUUCAGUCUCCUUCUGUCUUCGUGCUCAGGCUCCGACGGUGAGUUUUAUCAGAGUAGCAUGUUAGCUUUAGCUUGGCUGUUUAAACGCAGGUUCACUGUUAAUACAGGUAACUAAACGCACUGUUCGGUUUCUGGUCAAUGUGAAUUCUCCUUCUGCGCUUUUAUUGACCGUAAUGACGUCGGAGACAAACAGCUGAUCUGUUGUGAUGUCAAUGAGUCGGGCUACAGCUAGCAUGUUUGCUAACAUGUUAGCCGAUCUAGUGAUGUUGAUAUUUAUGUUAUUGUCAAACGUCGAAACAGUGACGUCAUGGCGCAAAUUUUAAACCCGCGAUUAAUUAAAACUGUGUAAUUAGAUAAAAACAAACACAGCUCUACCUUUCAGGUCCACUGAUCCAGACCAGGACUGAUUCAGACUGAUACACCAACAGGUCAUGGUCUAAGAGCCUCUGGGUACCUGGUCUCCGGUUCUGGUGGAUCUCAGGUUGGUCUCGGGUCCUCGCGGUCUCAGGGUGGCGCUGUGGUCCGGUUGGAGGACCCGGCUGAUGGAGAGCAACUGUCGGAUCCCUGUGGCGUGCUGUAGGCCCAGAGUCCUGGUCCUCCACGCCCUGUUCUGGGGUCUGGUGUCCCUCAGGUCAGUCCUGGUUCUGGUAGUUUUGUAGAAGGUUCUUCAGGAGGGAAGGUCCAAAACGUUCUGGACUUAAGUGUUCUGUGUUUCAGGGUCUUCGGAGCGGCUCUGCUGAGCGACGAGAAGACUUCAGGUACUGAUGACAAGCAGCAGCAAAGACUCAUGGGAAAUAGGUCAUGAGUAACCUGGUUUGACCUUUGACCUCUUCCCCCUGCAGCACCAAAGGCUCAUGGCACCCCCUGCUGGCUCCUGGAGGACUUUGUGGUCACCGCCGAAUGUUCCCAGUGUAACGCCUUCCAGUCUGUGAGUUCAAAGGUCAUCAUGGAGGACCGGUCCUCAGAACCGGGUCAAAACCUGACUAACAAGUUCUUUUGAUUCUGUUUUAGAGAUCCUGGUCCGCAUGUGGGACUACUGGGUACGUGGAGAGGGUGAACUGUACUCGCAGCAACCGGGAUGAGUACAAAAGGUCAGAGGUCGUUACUGUGGGUACACUUUAGAGUUGAACAUGAAGGCUGCACGAUAGUGGAAAAAACUAACAUUGCAAUUUUUUUCAACCCUGUGAUAUUUAUUACAAUAUUAAAAAAUACUGGAAUUUUCACUAGAUGACCUGAAUAGCACUUGAUGCUGCGUCCGAAUUGCCAAGUAGUAGUCGAAGUAGUAUGUAGCAUGUCCGAAUUGGCCACCGGAGCGAGUAGCAUGUUACUUCAGAUACUAGACACGCCCACAUUGUAGGAUGGUCACGGGUGACCCAAAAUGCACGGCGGGCUUCUUCUUCGUCCUCUUAAAAGUUGUAGAAGCGCAUGUGAUGCUAGCGCCACCAGCUGCUCUGCCUAUUUAAAUGCGUCGCGAACGCCGUCUGGCCACAGCAGCGCGCACCAUAGCAGAGCAGCAGCAGCAGCAGGGGGCGGGACCGCAGCAGUACAGAUGUAAGUUUCAUGUAACUUCACACACUGUCCUAAAAAAUGUGCGUUUGUAUCUCUUUGUCAUGUCAUGGUGUCAUAUUUGCCCAAGUAAUCAUUUUAUGAGCAAAUAUGUGGCGACAUCAUGGAGGUAAAGCUCACUUAUUCCAUCAUUAAACUGCACAGCUGCAGUAAUCAGGCAGAUCUCAUUGAACAAACGAUCACCACGUGAGUGAAUGAAGGCUAAAAGUCAUGGAAAAGCUACUUUGAGAAUUUCUAAAGUAGUGCAGGAAUAUAAUACAGCAGCAUCCAUCACUUGCACAAUUACCAUUCAGUCUAAAACGGGCGCAGUACCUACUCUCUGCCUGCGGGGGUCGUCUUUCCCCACCGCUCGUCUAGUGUGUCCGAAUUGGGCCGACGUGUUCAGUAUGUAGGAGUAGGAUCUAGCAGUAGCACGUAGCAGUAGCGAGCAGGCAAUUCGGACACAGCAAAUGUUAUGCUGCACUGCUGAAAUCUCGAGGACAGUUAACGUGGACUGCUCUUACCUCUUUUAGUGAAUGUUAGGAGAACGGCUUCUGUCUGUCUUAGAGAUAUUUUUAUUGUUCUGGGACGUUAUUGUGGAAACAGAUGAACACAGAACACGUGUUUUGGUCGACAUCAUCCAUCUUGUAACCGAAAUAAUUCCAGAUAACUGACUUUCCUUUUCUGUUUGGCAACAAAUCUUCAUCUUCGGUGGUUUUCCCCGUUUUUUUGCUCAGUUUUCGAUCGUUGUUGUUGUUGUUACCGGGGUUGUGAUGAGAAACGCAUGUCCUCCGAGAAUUGCAUGCACCUCACAAAACGCGCACUGCUUAUAGUAGAGUGGUCCACGGAAAUGUACAAUUUAAAACCCAUACAGUUCUUAUUUGUUGGGCUAAACAGUGAUGAAGAAUGUUCCGAAAGUAAUUCUCAGCGGACACGCGUUUCUCGGCUCAACUUCGGUAGCGCCAGCGACUCACUCCAUGUGCAGGGGUGGGUUUCCUCCUCUCUGAUUUUGAUUGACAGCUGGCAGGGUAGUCUGAUUGGCAACUGAGUAAAGAAUGCAGGUGAUUAGUGGACUGCUGCAGAGUCACAUGUAGAGUCACAUGCAGUGUAUCUCAGUCAGCUUCCCUUGAAAUUAACUGAGUUCAUUCACCUCCGACAUCACAGGCUCUGCGAUGUGACUAUUGCACACAUGUACAUCGCCAUGACGAUGAUCAAACGAUAUAUCGUGCAGCCCUAUCGAACAUCUAGACUUUGUUUCUAUUAGGGCUGCACGAUAUAUCGUUUGAUCAUCGUCAUGGCGAUGUACAUGUGCGCGAUAGUCAUGUCAGAGCCUGCGAUGUCGGAGGUGAAUGAACUCAUCUGACACAGACUGAGUCUCUGGUGCUGCCGGUGUUGUUCCAAGAAACGCUGAGAAUGACUUUGGGAACAUUCCUCAUCACUGUUUAGCCCCACAAAUAAGAACUGUAUGGGUUUAAAAUUGCACAUUUCCGUAGACCACUCUACUCUAAGUGGUGCGCGUUUCUGCGAGGUGGAUGAGUUUCUCGGCGCAACACUGGUAACAAAAACAACGAAUGUAAAAUGAGAAAUUAACAAGAGGAAACCACCGAAGAUGAGGACUUGUUGGUAAAAAGAAAAGCAACGUCAGUUAUCUGGAAUUAUUUCAGUUAUAAGAAGGACGAUGUCGACUAAAACACGUGUUCUGAGUUCAUCUGUUUCCACAAUAACGUCCCAGCACAAAAAAAGUGAAAAUAUCUCUGAGACAGACAGAAGCCGUUCUACUAACAUUCACUUAAAGAGGAAAGAUCAGAGCAGGUUAACUGUCCUCAAGAUUUCAGCAGAAAGUCAGAUUCAGCUUAUCUGAUUAAAUUCAUCGAGUUUAUAAUAUAAUAUAUAUCGCAGGGUUGAAUAAAAUUGCAACAUUAGUUUUUUACGAUAUCAUGCAGUCUUACGGUCCCUACACACCGGGACCGACGCAAAUAUACAACACGAAAUUACGAAAUAUUUGAAGGCAAAUUUUGACGUGCCUGACCAUACACAUCAGGCGCGAUGCAAUUUUGAACUUUCGGGUGGGGGAGACGCGUCCCGGGUGGAAGCGAGAAGACUGACCCAACAGCAGACUGAGUCUUUUUCAGUUCUGAUUAGACACUAUUGUGGAGAUGGCUGUCUGUCAUGAUAGCAUGUACUGAGUCAGGGCCAGUACCAGAUAAACACAUUAAACUUAUUAUCCAUAAAUGUAAGGUAACAACCGAGACCUAAUGGUGCUGUGACAGCAACGCUGUGAUUGAGUUAGAGACAGUGAAAAUACAUAUGGUAUGUUGUAUCUGAACAGGUUAGCUUACAAGCUAAAGUUACUUAGCACAGAUGAAAGUUAAAACAAAGACGUUUUGCAAACGGUUAAAGCUCACAAACCAUCGUCAUAUGAGAAAUCUGACGCUAUGACUCUCCACAAGUUGUCCUUCAGGUCGUUAUCUUUGUAAUAUUUGUGUUUUUUAUCAAAAAUCACUCUGUUCUCUGACACGUAAACAACCAGCUGGUUGGCCAUGUUGGAUAUACUGGGGAAUCUGACGUCGCAACAACACACAAUCUGAUUGGUCAGAAGUGGACACACAGUAUGCGAAACUGUAGAAAAAUCGACCAUGAUCCGAAAAAAUAAAUUCAGGACGGGAAAACAUCGCUGAUGUGAACACUUGUAUUGACAGGAUAUGGGUUCGAAAAAAAAUAUUGACGUCUGAAAUAAUCAUAUGAAAAAGACUGUCCCGGUGUGUAAGGACCUUAAGGCACCAGAACCAGCUGAAGAAAAACAGUCCCAAAGCAUGAUGCUGCCACCACCAUACUUUACUGUAGGUACGGUGUUCUUUUGGUGAUGAGCAGUGUUGAUUUUGCGCCAAAAAUACCUUUGGCAAUGAUGCCCAAAAAGUUAAACUUUGGUUUCAUUAGACCAGAACACAUUUUCCCACAUGUGUUUGGGGGAUUUCAGAUGUCUUUUUGCAAAACUAAGCCGGGCUUUGAUGUUUUUCUUUGUAAGAUAAGGCUUCCAUCUUGCCACCCUACCCCAUAGCCCAGACAUAUGAAGACAGCGGGAGAUUGUUGUCACAUGUACUACCCAGCCAGUACAAUUCCUGAAGCUCCUUCAGUGUUGUUGUUGGCCUCUUGGUAGCCUCUCUGACCAGUUUCCUUCUUGUCUUAUCAUCAAUUUUGGACGGAUGCCCUGUUCUUGGUAAUGUCAACGUUGUGCCAUAUUUUCUCCACUUGAUGAUGACGGUCUUCACUGUGUUCCAUGGUAUAUUUAAUUCCUUGGAAAUUAUUUUGUAGCCCUCUCCUGACUGAUAUCUUUGAAUAAUGAGAUCCCUCUGAUGCUUUGGAAGCUCUCUGCUGACCAUGGCUUUUGCUGGAAGAUGUGGCUACAAAAAAAAUGUCAGGAAAAGCUACUAGAACAGCAGAACUUUAUUUGGGGUUGAUCAGAGGCACUUUAAUUGGUGACAGGUGUGUGCUGACUCCAAUUAAACAUGCAGUCACAUCCCCAGUUAUUAAAGGGUGUGCACACUCAUGCAACCACAUGAUCUCAGUUGUUUAUUUUUACUUCACCUCCCUGAAAGAUUUCUGUUUGUUUUUCAAUUGUGUUGUACAGGUUAUAGGUCACAUUAAAGGUGGAAGAAGUUGUGAAAUUAUUUAUCUUGAUUGAAUUGUUUUACAUGACAAAAAUCUGGCAGUUGAACAGGGGUAUGUAGACUUUUUAUAUCCACUAUAUAUGUAUAUAUAUAUAUAUAUAUAUAUAUGUAUAUAUAUAUAUAUAAGUAUAUUUAUAUGUAUAUAUAUAUAUAUAUAUAUAAGUAUAUUUAUAUGUAUAUAUAUAUUCUGUGAAUAUAUAUGUAUAUAUGUAUAUAUAUAUGUAUAUUUAUAUGUAUAUAUAUAUAUAUAUAUGUAUAUUUAUAUGUAUAUAUGUAUAUUUAUAUGUAUAUAUAUAUAUAUAUAUAUAUAUAUCAGACUACUUUUAUUUUUAUAUCAUGUCCUGUGACAUCAUCAUUCACUCAUUAACAUAUUCACCCCCCCUCCAGCUGCCGCUCCACUGUCAUGGAGUCUCGUCUUUUCUGGAAGUUCGAGGCGGCCAUGUUGUCUCUCACGGCUCUUUUCGCCGUCCUCGUGGUCAUCCGUCAGCGCUCUCUGGACCGCCUCGCAUCAGAGAAAGUCCGCCGCCAGAUCGAGUCAAUCUGAAGAAAGAUCUGGGUCCUCCUCAUAUGGACCUGGACCCUGCAGCAGGCCUGUGAGCUGAUCCAGACUUCACCUGACCCGAGGUUCUGGUUCUGUGAAGGUUCAGACUGAAGGAGGCGGGGCUUAUCUCUGUCAGCUGAUCUGGAACUGAAACUGGUCUCUGAGGACAGACCUGGUCCACCUGAGAUGGGUCAGACUGGGUCUGAACUGAUCCGGUUUCUGUCCUCUCUCUUUGUUCUGAAUGGUCCAUGUGUCAGAGGAACCCCCCCCCCUUAGUGACAUCAUCAUCAUGCAGCGCUCUGAUUGGUUCAUGUUCACCAACCUGGGUUUGAGCUCUGGAUCCAGGACUUUGAUCAGAACUGGACUUUAAAUUGAGUCAAUCUGAUAAAUAAAAAAGUGUUUUUUUUUUCUUUUUUAUUAAGAUGUUUAAAAUGAAAAAAUCUGUUUAUUUGUUUUUUGUUUGUUUGUCUUUGUUUUUGUUUUGUUUGUUUGUUCUAAAAAAAACUUUGCUUGCUGAUCCGCUCUGCUUCAACUAUCAAAAACAUUAGAAAUGAGAAAGCUGACAAAACUACAGCAGAGGAUCAGGACAACAUUGAGUAUUUUUUCUUUUAAGAUUUAGAGAUUAAAGUUGUAAAUUUAGGAGAAUAAAGUCAUAAAGUAUAUAAAGUCAUAAAGUAAAUAAAGUCAAAAAGCUGCUUUUGUGGAGGGGGAAAUGACUGAAGCUGGUCAUCUGCAGGGUUAUCUGUGGAUGUAUCAGCGGGUCAUUCAGAGAGAUUUUGUGGUUUCUGAAGAAACAAUCAAACUGAUGAUGAUCAACAUUUGUGAUCCAGAGGGAGUCGAGCUCCGACGAGCACCACGUCUCUGACACCGGCCGUAACCUACACCUGCAGAGACACCAACACCUUAUUAUGGCAUAUGGAUUCAUAUCAUAAAUUAAAGCUCAAUGUCAUUCACGGAUAUUAACGGCUGCAUUGACAGAUAUAUCCUCAGCAUAUUCAUUUCUGCCUCCACAAAAGCAGCGAUUUCCUUCAAGUACACCUGUUUUUUCCCCGUGGAAAAGACGUAUUUCUCACAUAUUCUUUUUUUAAAGUCUUUAUACUUAUGACAAUGUGAUGCUGAUGUGCCAGAGGAUGAAGUAUCUCCUUGUUUGUGAAACCUAUACUGAAGCACAGUUCCUUUAAAUGCUUCAUGGCCCUAAUUUUAACAAGUCUCCUCUGAAAUAACAGGUUACGACUUUAUUCUCGUAUAUUCACGACUUAAAUCUUGAAGUCUCAAUAGGGCCCUCAUACUUCUUCAUACAAAACAAUCACUGGAUUAAUUUUGUGGGAAUGAUCUGGGCUUGUAUGUAUCUACUAUUUUGUGUCUGUGCAAGGUCGCACAAUUAAAACAAUACAUGCUGCG